AUGAAGCAAGCUAUAUCAACCGUCUUUACAGAAGCACGUCACCGUUUGUGCAUGUGGCACAUCAUGAAGAAAUUUAACCAAAAGUUGGCAAAAUGCAUUUCGAAGAUGGAUGAUUUCAAGAGGAAGAUCAAUGCACUGAUUUGGAGUAUAGAUAUAGAUCCAGCAACAUUUGAAGUCGGUUGGAAAGAUGUUAUGAAAGAAUAUAAGCUUGAAAGUAAUGAAUGGUUGUGUGAACUGUAUAACAUUCGGGAGUCAUGGAUUCCAGCCUAUUAUGCUGAUGAUCCAAUGGCCGGUUUAUUGCGGACUACAUCAAUAUCAGAGAGUGAGAACAGUUUCUUUGACAAAUUCAACCGUAGAUCUGACACAUUAACGGAAUUUUAUCUCCGAUACGAGAGUGCUAUGGAGAAGCAAAGGCAUACAAACGCAAGAUUAAACUAUGAAGGAACGAAAACGAUGCCAAGAAUGGACACACCAUUGUUAUUGGAGAGGGAUGCAGCAGAGUUAUAA